GUGCCAUUUAUGACAUGACAGGUGUGUCACUAAAAACAUGUAUUUUUGCUGUUAAGCUGAUUGUGUUGUCUUAUUAAAGACUUUUUGCUGCAUGAUUGGUGUUUUACUUAUUAGACGAGUACUAUAUGGACAGGAAAGUACACAAUCUGGAAUUGCGCCAUCCUGUGGUUAAAUGCAGGACAUACAUGAUCUCACAGGUAUUAGUGUAAUCCUGAUCUUUUAAAUCGCCUGGCCUCCAGCAAGCCCUUUUCCAACUGAAUAAAAUGGGGUCUUGUCUCAUUAAAUCAUGCCGAUUUAUUUGUUUAAUUUUGACUUUGCCUUUACAUCUAAUGGAGAUCACAGGCCUGUACGGCAUGUACAAACGCUUGUUUCCGUUGCUCGCCUACAAUAUAACAUUUUCAUACAACGACAAAAUGCACAAAACGAAAAGGGAUCUUUUUCGGAACGUGGGCAAAUUUGCAAACCCCGAUGGUACUCUUCGUUUGCUGGAGAUCGGUUGCGGCAGCGGGGCAAACUUCAGGUUUUACCCGUACGGCUGCACGGUGAUCUGCACCGACCCCAACCCGCACUUCGAGAAGUACCUGCGGAUGAGCAUGGAGGCGAACAAGCAUUUGACCUAUGAAACGUUUAUGGUCGUCUCUGGGGAGGACAUGGAGAAGGUGGAGAACGGGUCGGUGGACGUGGUGGUCUGCACCCUGGUCCUCUGCUCGGUCAGAAACGUGCAGGAAGUGCUGCAGGAAGUGCGACGCAUCCUCAAACCUGGAGGAGCCUUCUACUUUCUGGAGCAUGUUGAGUCAGAUCCUUCCUCCUGGACAUUUUUCUUCCAGCAUGUGUUUGAGCCCCUGUGGUACUAUCUUGGAGAUGGAUGCAUGAUAACUAAAAAAACAUGGAGAGACAUAGAGGCAGCUGGUUUUUCUGAACUUCACUUAAAACACAUCGAGGCUCCAAAGGUUUCACGGAUGAUAAGACCACAUAUCAUGGGAUACUCCAUUAAAUGAUUGCAGGAAGGAAUGGAUUUAUGUGCAUCAUAUACACAAGCUUGAGGUUCAUGUUUU